AGUAGUAUCUGUAGCAGGGGCUUUCCGCAAAGGGAAAUCGUUUCUACUGGACUUCAUGCUUAGAUAUAUGUACAACAAGAAUUCCUCGUGUUGGAUAGGUGGGAACAACGAGCCAUUGACUGGAUUUACAUGGAGAGGUGGAUGUGAAAGAGAAACAACUGGCAUUCAGAUUUGGAGUGAAGUGUUUGUAAUUGACAAGUCUGAUGGGACAAAGGUGGCUGUACUACUUAUGGAUACCCAAGGUGCCUUUGAUAGCCAAUCCACUAUCAAAGACUGUGCGACGGUAUUUGCUCUGAGCACCAUGACGAGUUCUGUCCAGGUUUACAACUUGUCCCAGAACAUUCAAGAAGAUGAUCUCCAACAUUUGCAGUUGUUUACAGAGUAUGGAAGACUUGCUAUGGAAGAAAUUUACCAAAAGCCAUUUCAGACACUAAUGUUCUUAAUUAGAGAUUGGAGCUAUCCUUAUGAACACUCGUAUGGCUUGGAAGGAGGAAAAAAAUUUCUAGAAAAGCGAUUGCAGGUAAAGCAAAACCAGCAUGAAGAGCUACAGAACGUAAGGAAGCAUAUUCGCUCUUGUUUCAGCAACCUUGGCUGUUUCCUGUUGCCCCACCCUGGUCUUAAAGUUGCAACUAAUCCAAAUUUUGAUGGGAGGUUGAAUGACAUUGAUGAUGAUUUCAAGAGAGAGCUGCGGGAUCUGGUUCCAUUACUACUUGCUCCUGAAAACUUGGUAGAGAAAGAGAUCAGUGGAUCCAAGGUGACUUGUAGAGAUCUUGUAGAAUAUUUUAAGGCUUACAUUAAAAUCUAUCAGGGAGAGGCACUACCUCAUCCUAAAUCAAUGCUCCAGGCAACAGCUGAAGCCAAUAAUCUUGCUGCAGUAGCAGGCGCAAAAGACACCUACAACAAAGGCAUGGAGCAGGUUUGCGGUGGAGAUAAGCCUUACAUUGCUCCAUCAGACCUAGAGAGACAGCACCAGGAUUUUAAAGAGUCAGCUGUCAAACAGUUCUGUUCUGUGAAAAAAAUGGGAGGAGAGGAGUUCUGUCGGCGCUACCAGGACCAGCUUGAAGCGGAGCUCGAUGAAAUCUAUGCAAACUUUGUGAAGCACAAUGAUGGCAAAAACAUCUUUUAUGCUGCUCGUACCCCUGCCACUCUAUUUGCUGUUAUGUUUGCCAUGUAUAUCAUCUCAGGACUGACUGGCUUCCUUGGUAUGAACUCCAUCGCUAGCCUGUGCAAUCUCAUCAUGGGGCUAGCGCUGAUAUCCCUUUGUACUUGGGCAUAUGUUAAGUACUCUGGGGAAUUCAGAGAAGUUGGAACAGCCAUUGAUCAAAUCGCUGAAGCACUAUGGGAACAGAGGAAUCCCAGGAAGGUGUGUUCCAAACUCUUUGAAGUUGUUAGACGUCGAAUGAUUCGCCGUGUUCUUACAUCAGUGCAACGACAGCGACUCUCGUCCAACAAUAACAAGAAGAAAAAUUAG